AUGUCUCAGAGUAACGAAUAUCAAAGCACUAGGGAUGUCGUUGAGGCCGUUCGGCAUCCUGACCCAGCGGGCGCAGACGCCAAAACUCCCGGCGAGCGACCAAGGCAAAGUCUCGAGGAGAAAGAGAUGCACAAUGGCCUGCCAUGCACAUCCGGAGAAGACGAAGAGAAGACAAUAGUAUCAUGGGAAGACGACGAUCCUGAAAACCCCUAUAACUGGUCCAGCACUAGAAAGCUCCUCAUCUUGCUCCUCACCAUGAUGCUCAUCAUCAAUAGCACCAUGGGAUCGGCUUUGCCAUCCAAUGCCAUCCCGUAUAUAUCGGAACAGUGGAACAUUGCUUCGCCGCAAGGCCAGAUCCUGCCCAUCUGCGUUUUCAUGAUCGGCUACUUCUUCGGACCCAUCCUCUGGGGGCCUCUGAGUGAACACUUUGGCCGCCGCAUCAUCACCAACGUGACUUUCAUUCUGUUCACCGUAUGGACGUUAGCUUGCGCUCUCGCGCCCAAUUUUGCGGCGCUGAAUGUGUUCCGUCUCUUUGUUGGCGUCUUCGCUAGCGCUCCGAUAGCUGUCGUUCCGGGCAUCAUGGCGGACAUAUACGGAAACCACGAGACUCGCGGCCGUGCUAUGUCGUUCUUCAUGGCUACUACCUGCUUCGGACCUCUCUUCGCCCCCAUCAUCUCAGGCUAUUGCUCGCCGUCUAUCGGCUGGCGGUGGACUUUCUGGAUCGGGCUCAUCUACGCCGGUGCUACCUUGAUUCCUCUCCUCCUUUCCCGAUCAUCUUCAACACGCUCUACGGUCUCGGACCCCGGCCCCACGGGUCUCGCAUUACUCCCCAUCGGCGGCGGCUCUCUCCUCAACCUCCCCUUCUUCUUCGCCUACGACCCGACCCUGACGCGCCUCCGCCGGCGCCAUCCCGCCCUUCGCAAAGAAGAAGUACGCCGCCUUCCCCUCGCCUGCGUCGGCGGGCCCCUCUUUGUAGCCUCCCUCUUCUGGCUCGGCUUCACCGCCCGCCCCUCCCUUCCCUUCUGGGUCCCCAUGCUCGCCGGCCUCCCCUUUGGCGCGGGCUUCAUGCUGAUCUUCAUGGCGCUCCUCAACUACCUCACGGACGCCUACGAAUCCUUUGCCGCGUCCGCCAACGCCGCCGCCUCCAUGGCCCGGUCCUUCCUCGCCGUCGUCCUGCCCCUCGCCACGCGGCCGCUGUUCGACCGCCUCGGUGUCGCGGGCGCGUGCGCCCUGCUCGGCGGCCUGAGUGCCGUCAUGGUGCCGAUCCCGUUUAUUUUCAUAUGGAAGGGGGACCGCAUACCCGCGGCGUCACCGUUUUGCAUUGCGCUUAGACAGCAAGAGGAUGAGAGGGAGCGGGAGGCCGAUUGGCGCCGGCGAAGGCGGGAGCAAGCUGCUGCUGCUGCUGCCGCUGCCGCCGCCGAAGAUGCGCGACAGGCGUCGCCAAGGGGUGCGGGCGUUUGA